AUGCGCGUUCUGUUGAUAUUUGCAGCUCUGCUUGCGCUGGCUCAUGCCGCGCAGCUUGAUAAGCCGGAGCAGCAGCUGCCACAUCCCAUUGAGCUGCCUGCGCACGUGCAAACCCUGAUAACCAAUCACAUCAAUCAAGUGCUGGAGCAGAAGCCGCAUGGUCAGGCUGCAACGCUCACUGGCCACGUGCCACAGGUUGGGGCAAACAAGGGCAAUGCACAGGGGCAUGGUGUCGCAGUGCCCCAUUUGGAUUUGCUGCCGCCGCAUGUUGAGCCGGCGAAGGUGCCGCAGGUGAUAAAUCAUCAGGCCACAGCCACAUGGCAACAUGCUGCUGGCCACAACAAAGUGGUGAUGCCGCCAGUGCCGCAAAUUGUGGUCUCAGUGCCCGGCCGUGCGCCACUGGACAUUGGCGACAAGGUCAACAAGGUACAGCAACACGUCAGCCAUGUGAUGCAACAGGCGCAGACGCAAAUACCCCAAGCCAUCAAUCAGGCGAUCAAAGAGCGCGAAAAGCUCUUGACGCAAAAGCACAAACAAGACAGCAGCACCACCACCAGCAGCACCACAACAACCAGCAAGCCAGCCCACCAUGCACUGCGCCUGCUAUCCGCCGUUGAGGAAGUGCCCAAGCUGCUCGACCAUCAACUCGAAUUGAAAAAGCUGGGCAAAUGCAACUUCCAGUGUCCACAACAAUCGCUGCCCGUCUGCGCCACCAAUGGCAACUGCGUGGUCGAGUUUCCAGGACAAUGCGAGCUGAGCCAAUGGAAUUGCUUUAAUACAAAGAAUGUAUUCCGUCAAGUGCAUGAUGACGAGUGCAAUAAUACCAUCAAGUGCUAUGAUCGUGAUAAUGCUUAAGGCAGGGAGUUGAGAAAAAGGCAGGA